AUGGCUGUGGAUAAAAAUUCUAACCCACACAAUGAACCGAUUGAUGACGUGAAAUCAGUAGCACCCUCCAAUGAUGAGUAUGAUGAUAAUUUUGGUGGUGUAGACCUCGAAAAUCUUCCAGAAAACUUCAUUGCCCCUGAAGUAUGGGAACAAAUCGGAAAAGCACUAGAUGAUUUUAAUUUUGACGAUAUGAAGAAAUUGUCCUUUGCAUCAAUGAAAAUGUGUGUAACAUUUUAUUAUAUGUAUGCCAAGGCAAAAGGUUUCGGAGCACGAAACAAAGCAGCUGUAAGGAGCAAAUUGGAUGGUAAAUUCACAUCAAAAAACCUGAUGUGCAACAGGGAAGGUGCACGCCAGCUAAAGUACUUGGAAAACCCAAAUAGGAAGCGCCCAUCAAGACCGGAAACUAGAUGUGGGUGCCAAGCUGUAAUCAAGUUCAAGUGGAAUCCAAGUGACGACUCUUGGUUCGUGAGAGACUUUGUUGGGGUCCAUGAUCAUGAUCCUGUCUCCCCAAGUGAAGUCCGAUUUAUAAGAAGCCAUAGAAGUCUUUCAGAUGCUGACAAGCUCCGUAUCAAGGCAUUGAUAAAUUCUGGGGUAUCUCCUGCCGUGACAAUGAGGAAUCUGGUUCAACAAGCGUGUGGUCCUCACAAACUACCUUUCCUUAAAAAGGACUUGCAAAGUAUUAUUUUUGUUGUUUCUCUAGUUAGCCAUGAAAAGGAGGAGACAUUCAAGUGGAUAUUGGAGCAGUUGACUGAAGCAGGGGAUAACGUCGCUCCUCACACUGUUUUGACUGACGGGGACAAGGCAAUGCCAAAUGCUAUAUCAGUUGUUUUCCCGAAGGCAGUACAUAGGCUGUGUUUGUGGCAUUUAAUGAGGAAUAUAAAAGCACAUAGCUCAAAAACGUUCUGCAGUGGUUUCAUGAAAUGUGUUGACAGAUGCCGUACGCCCACCGAGUUUGAGCAGGCUUGGAAGGAGCUAAUUACCACGUACGGUUAUGAGAAAGAAGUUUGGGCACAGGAACUCUACAAUGACAAGGGAAAAUGGGCGGAAUGUUUCAUGCAUGGUCAUUUCUUCGUAGGUAUGAGAAGUACACAACGGUGUGAAUCAAUGAACAGCUCACUGAAGACAGUUUUUAAUAAAAAAAUUAUGUUGUACAAAUUUGUUGAAUUGUAUGAUCAAGUGCUGAAAGAUAUAAGGUUUACAGAAUCAGGCCUCGACUACCAAACGAAGCACACAACUCCGAUAAUCAAAGGGGUCCUUUCAGGUGUGAAAACACAUGUUGUAACAGUGUACACAAGGAACUCGUACGAUAUGUUAUACAAAGAGAUGAACUACGAGUCAUCGCAUCUUGUUGUAAAGUUUAGGCAGGAUAAGACACAUUUGGAUGGGGUAACUAAUAUUUAUUGGUUGAGUAAUACUAAGUUCAGGAAAGCACACUACGUUUUAAUACACAUUGCUAAGCUCCACAAGAUGUAUUGCUGCUGCAUGAAGUUGGAACCUGUGGGUAUACCCUGUCGCCACAUGUUUGCUGUAAUGAAGUAUGCACGCAUGAACGAGAUACCAAGGGGUUGUAUACUUCGAAGAUGGAUGAAAUAUGCCAAGACAUGUCUGUAUUAUGGUCACACACUUGACGAAUUUAAAGAGCAGACUGAUACUGCGAUGGUUGGUAGAUUUGCAUAUUUAAAUGGGUUAGGCAUACAAAUCUGCAGGUUGGCAGCUACAUCUUACAAAGGGUCACUAUGGUUAAAGAAUGUUUUUUCAAAGGUAUUGAUUUCUCUGGAAACCCAUGAUGAGAAAGCCGAGGUAAUCCCAAAGAAAGAGACAUUGGUCGGAAUCGGUGAUCCUAAAGUUUUGCAAGCUGGCAGGGGACUUAAAAAGAAAGCCACAAAGCCACAAGAGAAAUCCAACAGUCCCGAGAAGCCGAAGUCCAUUGACCUCAACCAGUCACCACCGACUACUCCGGCUGCCACCUCUAACAUUGGCCUUUGUGACCCGUCUAUCCUUUUGGGGGAUUUAAUGCCAGGAACAUAUACCAGUGGUGAGGCUUCUGAAGCCGUUGACAGCUAUGAAGUUAGCCAAUACAAAACAGAACCAAAAGUUUUCGAUUGGGGGCCAAGGCAGCAAGGGUAG